AUGUCUGGUGGUUUCUAUCCUUACCCAAAGCACGUCUGGACCCCAACUGGUGGUUGGUGGUUUACCCCAAAGAAUGCCAAAACUAAUGCUGUUGUUAUUACCACUGCUUUUGUUGCCACUCUUUUGAUAUCAUACAAGGCAGCUAAGCCAAUGGAGUUUGACCCGCAAUUAGAACACAGUGAAGAAACCAUUGCCAAAUGGAACAAUGCCGUUAAGAAAUAA